AUGCCCUGGCGCGCUGCCCUUGCUAACUCUUGGCAGUGCGACGAACAGAAGCCCACCUGCGGCAACUGCGUCAAGCGGGAGCAGUCAUGUAGUCUUCAAUUCGUGGUCCCCAAUCUGCCCUACAGCCGGCCAGCAGCACAGAAGCCCAGUCUUGCUCCUACUUCGGAAAGCAGCAGCCGCACCCAAUCGCCAGUGGCUCUGGCGCCAAACAUACAGCCGCAUCCACCAUCUCCGUCUCCGGCAAUCGCAACACCCGCGUCCAUCUCGACUCAACCCGCCGGUGCCACCUUCUCUGUCGAGGAUAUGGAACUCUUGCAUCAUUACACUGUCUCGACCAGCCUUACCUUCUCCACCCGUUCCGAUGUCCUCGAGGUUUACAGAUUAGCCGCGCCCGAAAUCGCCUUCGCCGACCCGCCUCUCAUGAACGGCCUCCUCGCCAUAUCCGGUCUGCACCGCGCGCACUGUUGCAGCGACAUCGAGAAACGCCGGCUCUACAGCACCAUUGCGGCCUCACACCAGAACAUUGCACUCGGCGCCUUCCGUGAGCGACUAUCCAACCUGACCCGCGAGAACUGCCCUGGCGUCUUCCUCUUCUCUGCCUGGCUGACCCUGUAUGUGCUCGGCUCCAUGCACCGGCUCCAGUCGGCCGACCCUGACGCUGCCUCGGUCAUCGACUUCGAGGACCCGUCCGAGUGGAUCCGCCUGAUGCGCGGCGUGCCGUCGAUCCUGCGCCAGAGCGCCGUGUGGAGUUGGAUACGCGAGAGCCCGUUGCGGCCCAUUCUCGAGCCGGGCCUGGUCACCGACGAGCCCUUGUCCCCAGAGCUGGAACGCCGCUUCGCCACGCUGCGACGCGCGCUGAUCGACGAGCCGCUGCCCUCGUCGCCGCAGAUGGACGACGAGGAGCGCACGGUGUACGCCGAGUCGCUUGCCAUGCUGCAGAAGUAUACGGCCUUCAUCCUGCGGCCGUCGACGCCCGAGGGCCCGCUGGACCUGGUCGGCACCACGAUGAUCUGGCCGAACAUCGUGCCCGAGCGCUGGGUCGAGUAUCUGGGACAACAUCGGCCCGGGGCGCUGGUCAUGCUGGCGCAGUUCGCGGUGCUCGUGAACAACUUGCGUGGCUUUUGGUGGGCGAAGGGCUGGGGUCAGGGGCUGGUCGUCAUUGCGUGGAAGCUGCUCCCGCCCGAAUGGAAAAGCUUGGUCGAGGAGCCGGCAGAGAGAGUAGGGUGUACGUUGGGAGCAGUGUAG